AUGCCAGCUUCCGCGCCCGUGUUCUCUACCCCGCUCACCAAGUUGUUCGGGAUCAACCACCCAGUCAUGCUGGCAGGCAUGAAUGUCGCGGCUGGUCCACGACUCGCUGCGGCUGUGACCAACGCAGGCGGUAUUGGCGUCAUUGGUGGGGUCCGCCAGAGCCCGAAGAUGCUUCAGGACAACAUCGACGAACUCAAGAGUCACCUUGAAGACAAGAACGCGCCGUUCGGCAUCGACCUGUUGAUCCCACAGGUCGGUGGCAAUGCCAGGAAGACGAACUACGACUACUCAAAUGGCCAGCUGCCGGAGCUGACGGAAGUCAUCAUCAAGAGCGGUGCCAAACUGUUUGUCUGCGCCGUCGGCGUGCCUCCGAAGGACAUGGUACAGAAGCUCCAUGCUGCCGGCGUCCUUGUCAUGAACAUGAUUGGUCACCCGAAGCAUGUCUCGAAGGCUCUCGCUCAAGGCGUCGACAUCAUCUGCGCCCAGGGUGGCGAGGGCGGUGGACAUACCGGCGAGACGCCCUUCUCAAUCCUCAUUCCUGCCGUCGUCGACCUCUGCAAGACCGCGAAGAGCCCCCUCACCGGCGAACCCAUCAUCGUCGUCGCUGCUGGGGGCAUUGCAGAUGGCCGCGGUCUGGCUGCUGCCCUCUCGUAUGGCGCUGCCGGCGUAUGGGUCGGCACGCGUUUUGUUGCCAGCGAGGAGGCGGGUGCGCCGAAGGUGCACAAGGAGUUCGUUCUCAGCGCGGGGUAUGACGACGUCACGCGCACAAUUAUCUACUCUGGCCGCCCCAUGCACGUCCGAAGGACGCCUUACGUCGCGAGCUGGGACAGCAGACAGCAGGAGAUCGCUGAGCUCACGGCUCAGGGAAAGAUUCCGCAUGAGGUGGAGCUCGAGAAGCACCCUGAGAAGUCCAUGGAAGGCCGUUCGUGGCUCAUGGGCAAGGUCGCGGGCUCUAUUCGCGACAUCAAACCAGCACGCGAGAUUGUCGAUGAGAUAGUGACGACGGCUGCGAAGAGCUUGCAGGGCGCAUCGAGCCUUAUUGUGACGAAGGCGAAGUUGUAG